UUCCUUUAUUAUUAUUGAAGACUGAAGAUUACAAGUAAACUUUACCAAAUACUUGCAGACCACUAUAGAAAAAAGAGAAAAAAGGUACCCGUAUUCCUAAAUUCUCUUAAAAACCCAACAAUAUUCUUCAAAUUUUUUCGAAUUAAUCACCAUUUUGAUCGGAAAUUUUGAUUAGAUUUCAUCAACAAUCAAUUAAUCUUCAUCGUUUAUUCAUUAUCGUUAAAAUGAGUCACCCGGCGGUUCACCCGGUGGACGUGCUACCGGAGCCACCAGCUGAUAACGCCGCCGCCGCUGCAGCGCCAAGAGUUCGAAUGAAGGAUUUUCCGGGAGUGGCGGGGUCCCCAUGUGGGCUAUUUUUGCGUCUCGCGCAAUCCUUCUUUGCCAUUGGAGCUUGUCUUGUUAUGGCAACUACCAGUGAUUUCCCCUCCGUCUCAGCUUUCUGCUUCCUUGUUGCAGCGUCUGGCUUACAAAUCUUAUGGAGUCUUUCAUUGGUGGUGUUGGACAUUUAUGCUAUAUCAGUGAAGCGUAAAUUUUGCAAGCGUGGAGCGCUCAUUUUGUUUACUGCUGGUGAUAUGAUCACUUCUACGCUCAUAUUUUCUGCCGCCUGUGCGUCCGCCGGUAUCACUGUCCUCAUUGACAACGAUCUGCAGAGCUGUUCCAAGAACCACUGUGUUCAGUUUGAAACCUCGACAGGCAUGGCUUUUAUGACUUGGUUUUUUUGUUUACCUUCUUUUCUACUGAAUUUCUUGUCAUUGAAUUCUCAAUGACAAAUACAUGGGUAGUCCGUCCAUUCAUGCCCGGGUCAUAGGUGUAUAGCUCUUAUGUAUAUUGUGUUGAAUAUGUUAUUUUAAAAAGGAUACAGUUGUGAGGGUGUUUUGUUUAGUUUUCAUGCAAGUUGAAGGUAAUCACUUGUCUUGGACUUGUAGUGCCCUUUAGUGCUUUAGUAUAGAUGCUAUGGAACUAAUGGAAGAUAUGUCCAUUCUCUGUGAAAUGAGAUUCUGAAAGUUACUUGUGUGCAAGAAGGCUUUCAAUCACGAACUAGAUCAGUGUUAUACAAACAAAUAUUGAUUUUGUUGAA